AAGAUAAAACUUCUAAUUAAUAUAUAUAUAUUAAUUUAUGGUUGUUUAGCAUUAAUUAUUAAUAUUAAUGUAAUAUUCAUGACCUGAUUUUCAAUUGAAGUUUCCAGUCGUUAAUGUGAUUUAUAUUUUCUUUUCUUUUUUGUCAAACCAGGAUUCUACAUGACUACCAUAGAAUUACUUCAGGCUAAUAGUACCAUGGCAUGGGGCAGCAACUGUAUUAGGCACUCCAUUUGUUGUUGCGUUUUUGAUAUAUAAAUGGCGAAGGAGGCAUUUGUCAAUGUAUGAUGCCAUUGAAGAAUUUCUUCAAAACCACAAUAACCUUAUGACAAUAAGGUACUCUUUCUCGGAAAUUAAGAAGAUGACAAAAAAUUUUAAGGAAAAAUUGGGUGAAGGAGGCUAUGGAACAGUAUUUAAAGGAACUCUUCGAAGCGGACGUCAUGUAGUUGUAAAAAUGUUAGGCAAGUCGAAAGCAAACGGACAAGAAUUUACCAAUGAAGUGGCAACCAUUGGAAGGAUUCAUCAUGUUAAUGUAGUUCAACUAAUUGGCUUUUGCUUUCAUGGAUCAAAGCGUGCUCUUGUAUACGAGUUCAUGCCACAUGGGUCUCUAAACAAAUACAUUUUUUCCUCGGAAGGAAGUAUCCUCCUAAGCUGUGAGAAAACAUAUAAUAUUGCUCUAGGGGUGGCUCGUGGAAUUGAAUAUUUACAUCGAGGAUGUGACAUGCAAAUUCUGCAUUUCGACAUCAAACCUCACAACAUCCUUCUUGACGAGAAUUUUAUCCCUAAGGUUUCUGACUUUGGCUUAGCAAAAUUGUACCCAAUAGAAAACAAUACUAUUUCUUUGACCGCUGCAAGAGGGACAUUGGGAUAUAUGGCUCCUGAGUUGUUCUACAAAAACAUUGGAAGUAUUUCAUACAAGGCAGAUGUUUAUAGUUUUGGAAUGCUCCUGAUGGAAAUGGUGGGCAAAAGAAAGAACUUGAAUGCUUUUGCAGAACAUUCAAGCCAGAUUUACUUUCCAACCUGGGUGUAUGAUCAAUUCAACAAUGAAAAAGACAUUGAAAUAGGAUAUGCCACAGAAGAAGAAAAGGAAAUGACCAUGAAGAUGAUCAUUGUUGCUUUGUGGUGUAUACAGACAAACCCUAGUAACCGUCCUUCAAUGAACAAAGUUAUAGAAAUGCUUGAAGGAGAAGUUGAACACUUACAAAUCCCUCCGAAGCCUCCCCUAUCAUCGCCAGAGAGAGUGACAAAAGAUUGUGAAAACAAUUCAAGCCAAACUUGGACGUCAACGCAAUCAGGUGAAUGUACUUAGUAAAGGAAAAGCUAGCACCCAAGUUUGAUAGGGACUACUAUCUUCUCAUGUUUGGUUGUAUAAAAGAUAUUUCAUAUUCAUAUAUAACCUGUUAUGAUAUUUCGCACACUUAACCAGUAAAUAUUUAACUUUCAUUUUGUGAA